UCACACACUUCCGUACUCAGCAGUGAGGCGCCAGGACCCGGAUGUUAUGAUGGCGAUAAAUGAAGGUGGUCAGGGUCUAUUAACGACGUAUUUGUAUCCUGUAUGAACGCACUUAAGUGUUCUAAAUGCUAAAUGUAAUCAUGGAAGUGCACAAAUUGAAUCACAUGUCCACACGGCAGAUUAAAAGCAGACUAGCCUCUUAGGCAAGUCGCCAUGACAACAUAGAAACGAUUCCAGCACAUUCCCAGUCGUUUGGUGUUUGGUUUCUAGGCAACCGAGAUACAAGUCCAAGAAAAGAAGACAUCCGGAACGACCCGAAUUGACUACUUAGCACAUCAUCCGGACUUGGGAAGAAUAAACGAUCUCAGCAUGAUGACCUCCUCGCUGCCUUUCUUGGUCGACCAUGACCGUCUGAAGCUCAGGGUGGAGAAGAAGAUGAGGAAUAUUUUCAUAACGCAGCCUGAUGAUAUCAGGACCAGAGAGAAGAAUGUUAAUUACAUACCAAUUGUGACUGAGGAUCCUAGCAGGAUCCUUAAAGCUGGAGUGAACACGCUACAAAAAACUCUGGUUCUGAAGAAACAAGCAGAGCUGGAAGAGGUGAACAACUUUCUUGCCCUCAAAAGAGAUGAAUUCAAGAGAAAUGUGGAGGCUCUGUCUAAGAGAAGGACUGAAUUGGAAACCAAACACCAGGAGACUAAAGAAAAAGCGAUGAAAUUUGUGGAAUUUGUGAAUGCAAAUGAAGCAAAGCGCAGCCGAGCCUUGCAGGAGUACAAAGACGUGCGGGAACAAAACUUGGUGAAACAGAAGGAGAUGGAGGAGCUGACAAAGCAGCUGCAGCAACUUCAAGCCAGGAGGCACAUUUUAAAGGACAGGAUAACAAAACACAAAAUCUAUGAAGACUACUUGCUGAAAACAUUGGAUUAUCUCCCAAACAACCACCUUGAGAGGGACUCUGACUGCGCGGUCACGCCUGUCAUCCAGCGCCACGAGACCCUGUCCGUCACCCACCAGCAGCUGCUGCAGCGUCUGGGCCGUGUGGAGGAGGAGGUGGAGCUCCACAGGCGACAACUACACGCCAUGAAGCAAGGACACAGCAUGCAUAAAAUGAUGGCAAGUAAGGAAAUUCAUGAACUUCAGAGGCAGUUGGAGAGCCUCAAAGAGAAGAACAAGCAGGAAGAAGACAAACUUUUGAUGGAGCAGGGCCAGUCCAGAAAGAAGGCUGAAGAAGUGGGAAGUUUAAUCCUGGCCGUCAACAACCUUGCAGAGCAGUGUUAUUUACCAUCCUAUGGACCUUUGGAGAGCAUGAACGCGUCAACAAUGAUGGACAUGGUGAAGGAGUAUUUUGCAGACAAGGCCGACACAGAGAAGAGAGCCAGGAGACUGAUGAUGGAGUGCGGUUCCCAAGCGACCAUCAAAACUGAUUUGACGGACAAGAGAGCGAGAGUAUCACUGCACAGCUUUGGCAGUAAAAGCCAAAUCAAAAGUCCAAGUAAAGUCAGCAGGAGAAGCCAGGAAUCGUGUUAAGAAGCUACUAUCCUCUACUACAUUAACUACUGUGAAUUGUUCGGCACAUGUAUAUUAUGUUGUAUGUUGAGAUUAAUAUAAAAAUAAAAGGAGUCAGAACUUUAGUGUACUGGGAAGUAAUAUCUUUACUUCGUCCCUAGCCUUUAUCUCACAGCUAUGCAGGAAGUUGGUUAAUCAAGAUAACAUUUAUUAUUACAGAAUGAACAUAGAAAAUUAAACCAACCCCAAUUGCAAUAUGGAAACACAUUCACAUGUCAAUAGUUUAGUGUAUAUUAUAAAUAUAAGCAACAUUAUUUUUUUCAGAAAUAUGAAAAAUUAAAUCCCAUGAACUUGUUUGGCCCCAAAUCUUAUUCAUAAAGUAUGCACUCAAAGGGACAGUAAAAAAAAUUAAAAUCCAGAAAUAAUGAUAAAUGACGGACCAGGAAUGGGCUACGAACAUGUUUCCGGUAAAAUUUCAAGUAAUGUUUCCCGUUAUUCAUUAACAUUUUUCAUGGGCAUCAGAGUCUAACCCUGUCUAGCCAUUUCGGAAAAUACUCAAAGUUUAUCUAGCUGCCAUCUUACUGUAUGUUGUACAGUGUCACUUUGCAAAGAAAAAUAGAUACUUUUCCUGUUGCAUAAUUUGUCUAUUUACUGUUUUAAUAUACUUAGUGUUUGGCAACUAUAAGAGAUAGACAAAAAGAAACACAGGGACUGUGAUGACAAGAUGUACUGUACAUAUGUGUAUGUAUGUAUGCAUGUACAAUGUAAGAGGCAGGAGACUGCUCCCUCAGAUGAAUACCUGGUACUCUUUGCAAUUGAGCUGAACACCCCCAGCCACUUUAUGAUAUGAAGUAUUUACAAGUGUCUUCUUUCCUCUUUUAAAAAGGUUGUCAUUGAGCCCUGUGAGGGAGGGCGGUGCAUCAGAAACCUCAGCUCUGCAUAGACAAUGUGAUUAAACACAAUUCUUACCUUUAAGGCAUCAUCUGUCCACACUUAUGUAAUUGUACAAAGUAGACGUUUUAAAAUAUAACUGCCAAUUCUCAAAAAUAUGACAGAUUAAUGGCUAUGAUGUCCUAAAGAAAUGUUAAAAACCCUUGCAAAUUGUCAAAUGGUAUUGCCCUGCCAUGCUUACCUGCUAUUCAGACGGCUAGAUGAUAUGCUGAUCCCAUAUUUUAACAUUUUUCUACAAUAUUUAUUCUUGUCAGACAGUAUUUGGAGUGCCUUGGUCAAAGUUAAGCCUUGAUGCUGGAAUUUAUGACAGAUUAAAAACUGUUUUAGUAAGUCAUACUGUUUUGUGUAUUUGUAGAUUUAAAGCCAAUAAGCUGAGUUGUAAGAAAACACUUUACAUACAUUUUUACAUAUAAUGUACACUGUGACUCUACACUCGAUGUCCAAUGUCAUUUAUCACACAAAAUGUCACAAUAAGAAGUGUGAUAUCACACACAUUAACAGUUACAUAGCAAAGUGAGCUACAUUGCUAACAGUGUGCUCACAUUUUUAGAAAAAGGUGAUAAAUUGUUGAAAAACUAAAUGAUCAAACUUGCAACUCCCACGUCUGUAGAUGCCAGAUAGUUCCUUCCAAAGCUUUAUUUAAGGUCUGUAGAGAAGCCUGUAGCGACACGCACAAAAAGUGACUGACCGCCGCUUGAAUGUGGAGCUAACAAGUAAAAGCAAUGACGGAUUAUCGCUAAGACUCUUAGAACAAAUAUUAGUUAUAGCGGUACUGAAAAGUGGACCUAAUGGUUUUGUCUUGAGACCUUACAACCAAGUUAGAGUAUCUGCCAGCAUUCACUGUAGAAAAAGGACA